CACUUUGUACUAGUAUGCAGCAGCAGCACGAGGCCAACAAGGUGUGGCUCUUUGACGAGGCCGAGCUGCUGACGCACCACACGACGAUCGUUCACUCGCCCGAUGCGUACAUGCAGGCGCCCAAGACGAUCGGCGAUCCAACUUACGGCGGCGACGGCGACGACGUGUAUCUUGGUGGCGCAAUCCGCGAAGGCGGUGCGCUCGAGCUGCACUCGAGGGAAGCGAUUGGGCUCCUCGCACAGUACGCGGCCGUUGGCGUCGUCUACGGCUGCCUCCCCGCGCUCGUGUACCCCGUGUACGUCAAGUACAUGAACUUUGCUGGCUACGAGGCCGCUUCGUACUCGGUGCUUAUUACAAUCUGCUGGUCGUUCAAGGUCUUCCUCGGCAUGCUCUCGGACUGCUUUCCCAUCGGCGGCUACAAGCGGCGGCCGUACAUGCUCAUCGGGUGGGCCGUUUGCCUCGCGUGCAUGUGCCUCAUGGCCUUCGUGCCCUUUCCCGACCCGUACCUUGGCAAAGGCCUCGGCCUCUCGGCGGCCGCGAGAAGAAAGGUGCGUGGCGGCGACCUCUCCAACUUGACGGCCGACCAGACGCGGCUCGUGAACGUCGAUGCGGCGAGCGAAGCCAACUACUGGAUCCUCCUCUCGUCGCUCGGCAGCUUUGGCUACAUGCUCGCCGACGUGGCCGCCGACGCCAUGGUGGUCGAGUACGCGCACCGCGAGCCAAUUCAUAUCCGAGGUCGACUCCAAUCGGCGAUCUACGCGGUCCGGUACGCGUUUAGCAUGCUGCCGCUCCUCGUUGUGGGCAUUUGCAUGAACGGACCCGAGUACGACGGCAGCUUUACGUGGUCGAUCAGCCCGAACGUGAUUUUUGCGCUGCUGAUUGCGCCGUGCGCGCUGGCCAUCUGGGCGACGCUCUUCCUCAUCGUCGAGGACCGCGGCGUCAAGCCGCAUGUUCGCAGCUACCUCUGGAACCUCUGGAGCCUUCUGCGACUGCGGGUCAUGUGGCAGAUCUGCGCGUUCCGCUUCUUGAGCAAUUUCUUUUACAAUUUCGACUCCACUGCGACGCCGAUCAUCCCGAGUCUCUGGGCCAACGUCCAGCCCUUCACCAAGUCGCUCUUUGCAGUCGCCAACGCGCUGCUGACGUCGGUGGCCAUCUACAUUUGCGGGCGGUACGGCCUCAACUGGAACUGGCGCAUCACGAUCGCGCUCGCUACGAUCGGCGUUCUGACCAUCGACGGCACGAUCCUCAUGCUAACGACGUGGAAUGUUGUCCGCGAAGAGUACUUUUUUACGUCCUCCCUGCUGCCCAACAGCCUCCCAGCGGGCAUUCGGUUCAUUGUGUCGGGCUACUGCGCCGUCGAGAUUGCCGACAUUGGCAACGAAGGCGUUGUCUUUGGCCUCGUCACGACGAUCGUCAACCUCGCAACGCCCUUCUCGACGGUCUGCUACAAGCUCAUUAGCUCGUACUUGACGCUUUCGCCAAAGGAUCUGGCCGCCGACACAUACGACGUGCGCCUCCAAGUGACGUACUCGUAUGCGAUUGCGUAUGGUUUGAAACUCGUCUCGCUCGCGUUUCUGCCACUGCUGCCACCGCAAAAGGCGGCGGUGCAAAAACUCAAGCGCACCGGCGGCUCGAGCACGGUUGCUGCCUUCGCGGUGCUUCUCGUGUUCUCUGUUGCCUUGACGUUUUCGAUUGUGACCAACCUCAUGGCGCUCUUCCCGCAAACGUCGUACUAUCGCAUCGCAGGCGGCUACGGCCACCCGCGCGUCACGAGGAACAAGACCAUCUGCGGCUAGAUAUAGUAGCAAUAAUAGAGGAAACGAUGAUGCGCCUC